CAAUCCGUAUAAAUGAGACGAAAACAAAACACGGUCAUCAACCUUUAGCAAGAGUCGUCGUUGGUACGCAUGAGACAAACUGUCAGAGACGCCCCCUGAACUUCGGGAUCAGCAUUUACAAUGCGUUAUUUGUAUUAGUCAGAUAACUGUAACCGAAUAAGCUCUGAGAGAUAAACAUGGAAGCUAAGUUAAAGAGAGAGUUGGGGACGAGCACUCUGAAACCAACUGGUCACUCAGGAGGUGGAUGCAUUAGCGAGGGCCAGAGUUAUGAUACUGACAAUGGGAGAGUGUUUGUGAAGAUUAAUCACAAGAGCGAGGCAAAACUGAUGUUUGAUGGGGAGAUGGCAAGUUUGGAAGCCAUUUUCAAGACAGAGACUGUAAGAGUUCCAAAGCCCAUAAAGGUGAUUGAACUUGACACAAGAGGAUGCGUUUUUGUGAUGGAACAUCUUGACAUGAAAGGCCUUAGCAAGUGCUCAAAGCAGCUUGGGGAGAGGCUGGCAGAUAUGCAUCUUUACAACAAGAAGCAGAUGGAAAAACUAAAUAAAGAGCAGCAGACAGUAGGAAAAGGUGUUGGGCAGUCUGAGGUGACUGUUGUUGAGAAAUUUGGCUUUGGUGUAACUACAUGCUGUGGAUAUCUACCACAGGUAAAUGAGUGGCAGAGUGACUGGGUGGUAUUUUACUCUCAGCAGAGGCUACAGCACCAGCUUAACAUGGUGGAGAAAUCAUAUGGAGACAGGGAGGCAAGGGAACUAUGGGCCAGUCUACAGCUGAAGAUCCCACAGUUUUUCACAGACGUGGAGGUUUUUCCUGCCCUCGUCCAUGGUGACUUAUGGGGAGGCAAUGUGGCAGAGUGUUCAGACGGCCCAGUCAUCUUUGACCCUGCUGCUUUCUAUGGUCAUUCAGAGUUUGAGCUGGGUAUUGCUGGGAUGUUUGGUGGCUUUAACAGCUCUUUUUACUCUGCUUACCAUGAAAAGAUUCCUCAAGCGCCAGGAUUUGAAAAAAGAAACCAGCUUUACCAACUAUACCACUACCUGAAUCACUGGAACCACUUUGGUGGUGGCUAUAGAGGCUCUUCAGUCAGGAUUAUGAAGAACCUACUGAAAUAAAUACUUAUAGAACCACUUAUAGCAAGCUAUAGUCUUAAAAGCCCAAGCAAACUAUUAUGUAUGUUUAGCUAAUAUGACUAAAUCUGUUUGGGAAAUCUUAUCACAACAGUUACACUGACCUGCUUCCAAAAUAGAAAAACAUAAUGAAAAAAAUACAACUACAUCUGGUGCUUUCUCCAAAGUUAAUACCAAUCAUUAGUUAUUAGCAACUGAACAAACUUAAACAUGCAAUACAUGUAAUCACCUUUUUAUGCUCCAAAUCCUCUCUGUGAACAUUUAAUUAUUUUUUUUAUUGCAUGCAGUUGACCAGAGUUAAUUAUUAUGCACAAAAGGGUCCAAUUUUCACAGUGAAUACAUUUCUUAAUAUCUAUCUAAAUGAUUAAACACUGAAAAUUGAUGCCAUGUAGGUUAGUACACCACAUAUGCUUUACACAAUGUUGUGGUAUGACAAUAAAAAAUUACAAACCCUUG